GUUAUUUUAAGCUAUAAGGUCGGAUGUCGGGAAAAUGCAAGCUGCAGAGCUCUCCAUUCCAAAUGUUCAUUCACUUUGGAUGAUGGAUUCGAUAGUGAUGACAAACAAAUAUUGAUUUUAUAGAAAACGAUAAUCCAACUAUGGACAGUUCGACUUUACAUCAAAACUUGUUGAGAUAUCUGCCUUAUUCUAAAUGUGGAGUGAGUAUAUGAAUAACCUUGUAUAAAUAUAUAAUUUCAGAAUGAAGGUUGUAAAUGUAGUAUAUGGAAACUUGCAGACAACAGAAUAGAGGAUAAAGUCAUUGAAGCUGUAUGCGAAAAUUGUGGUCAUGUUCACUAUAGCUUGUCUGAUCCAAACGAGAGUACAUGGCUUAAUACUGCGAUGCAAAUGGUUGACGAUGUAGAACGAAUGUAUAUCUUAUGUGCCAAGGAAGAGGAUUAUGAAACAAGAAAUAUAUACUUUUGUAUUUUAAAGCGUCUUCGUAAAGCGUUAAUGAAUAAAAUACAACCCGUUUUCGAUGACAAACCUCCUUUCGAACGACCUGAUAUCAAUACAGCUGUACGAAACGCGUUACUAUUUUGUGCUGUCACUGAUCCUCAAAAUCCAGAAAUAACAAUUGAACUGUGUAAAUUAUUCUUAUCCUAUGUGAAUUCAUAUAAAAUGACGUACCCAAGUCAAAGGAUUCAGAAACAUGAAAACAAAAUAGGAUACAAAUUAAUCUACAUGAGGUGGAUAUGCCACUGUUAUGUGCCAAAGUUUUGUCUUACCUUACCAUAUACAGAGGCUACAUGUGCAUUUGGAAAAAACUUUUUGUUAGCAGUUUUGCCUGAAGUUAAAAGAAAACUAAUCGAUUUUUUCAAACAAGAAUCUAUAAUCCCAUCCAUUCUGGAUGCAAAGGCACAUUUAAUACAACCUUUAACACGACUAUGCAAUUUGCUGGAAGAUAAUAUUGAUGGUAAUACAACUUCCGUUUGGGAUCCGUAUUUUCAACCACCAUUGCGUUCCGACAAUGUAAUUACACCAAGUGAAUUAUUACAGUCUAUUUCUAUUGAUCACGUUGUCAAUUUUCCUGGAGAUCAGCGUAAUACAAUCGUCAGUCGUUCAAAUGAACUGAAAAGUGACUCAGUUGUUACACCAGUUGUCACUGAUCUGAAAGUAGAGAGACUGUUUAUUAAUCCAGAUUUGGUGAAUGGUGAUAAGGAUCUGAUAGUUAAUACACCUAUUAAAUCCGAACCAGAGGAUUCAUUUGCAAAGCCUUCAAAAGUUAUGGAGCAUUCAACUAAUAGAAGGACAAGUGUACGUCUCCGAAGUCACUCAACUAAUACACAAUCGUCCGCGAGUGACUCAGAAAAAUCGAUUUGUAAAUCAGAAGACAAAACCAUAAUUACUGAUAGUAAUAUCAAAAAGUCAUUGAGUGAUAAGUUAGGUGUUUCAGAUGUUAGCAAUACAGAAUUAGAACAAAUCUUACAAGAAAUGAAAAACGGUGAAAGCCCUUGUAAAGGAUUUUAUCCUUUUCAAACGCUUCAUUCGUUGAAUGCAACAAGAGACGCUGCUGCACGUCAAGAAGAAUCAGCUGGGAAUAUUGAAUUUCAUAUAGUCAACAACAGUUUAAAUCCUAAUCAACCUCCACAAACGUAUAUUUGGCUUUUGGAGUUACUAAAUGUAUUUGCUUUGCAAUUACCCCGUAUGCCAAAAGAGUAUAUUGCACGACUUAUUUUCGAUCCAAAACACAAAAAUCUUAUUUUAUUAAAAGUUUCUGAUUCAUGCGAAAAACAUGCUAUCGGUGGGAUCUGCUUUCGUAUGUUUCCAUCUCAGGGAUUCACAGAAAUUGUGUUUUGUGCAGUAAUUUUCAAUGAACAAGUAAAAGGUUACGGAACACAAAUGAUGAAUCAUUUGAAAGAUUAUCAUUUACAGCAUAAAAUAUUCCAUUUUCUUACUUAUGCUGAUUCAUUUGCAACUGGUUAUUUUAGAAAACAAGGAUUUUCACGUGAAAUACGCCUGGCUCGACAAGCUUAUUUAGGUUAUAUUAAAGAGUAUGAAGGUGCCACAUUAAUGGGUUGUGAAUUAUAUCCAAAUAUUAUAUAUACUAGAUUUUCUGAAUUAAUUGCAAAACAAAAAGAGGUUAUAACGCGGUUGAUAGAAAAACGUCGUGAGUCUGUUAAUCAAACAUAUCCAGGAAUACCUGCCAAACUAUUUCGUAAUGGACCUUUAAGACCAGAUCAAAUUCCCGGUCUAACUGAGAUUGAUUUGAGUUCAUACAAAUUUUCUGAUUUAUUUCAAAAAAGUCCCAAAACAGAAUUGUCGGAAAGUAAUCAAACUUCCGUCAGUAACAAUUUUUCAGUGAAACGAAAGUCGUCAGAUACUUUUGACAAAUUACAAGAGCCUCCGAGGAAACUACGCAAACGUUUACUUGAUCCUUUGCCAAGUUCCAAUCCUUUAACUACAAAGUCACAGAUUAAAACAAGAAUCAGUUCAAGGUCAACGCGUCUUAAUAGUUCAUUAAAAAUGUCAGAUUCACUGGAACCUGUUUGGAUCAAUGAAGCUAAACAGUUAGCAGAAAAAAUUCGUCCUAUCCUAAAUGCAUUACGUAGUCAUGUGUUGGCUGGUCCAUUUCAAAAACCUGUCACAUUAGAUGAAGCUCCGGAUUAUUAUGAUAUCAUUGUUUUCCCAAUAGAUUUAGGCACAAUGUGGGAACGUUUAAAAUCGAAUUAUUAUGUUACCAAAUCCUUGUUUAUUGCUGAUAUGAUGCGAAUGUUUCAUAAUUGUCGUACUUAUAAUCAACAAGAUUCUUAUUUAUAUAGAAGUGCUACUACUUUAGAACGUUAUUUCAUCAACAAAAUGAAAGAAGCUGAUUUAUGGCCUUAAGCAAAGUGUAUAACUGAGUUCACCGAAUCUUGUUCAACUGUUUUCUCUUUUACUUGUUUUCUGUUUCUCAGGACAAUAAUUUGUAAAAUGUUUUGUAUUUUAUAAUUUAUUGUAUGAUAAGUGUUAUUUCAUGUAUAUGGUUCAUAGUCUUAUUUAACUUUGUAAACGUGAUAAUUUCGCACUGGUACUAUUAGUAAAUAUUUGUACUAAAAAUCCUG